AUGAAGAAGAGCAUCGGUGCCGUGACCAUGAUCUCUCUAUGCUUCAACAUCUGCAACAGCUGGGCUGGUCUGUCCGCCAGCUCUCAAAUCGCACUGAUCCAAGGCGGCCCUGCAACGCUCCUCUACGGUAUGAUGAUCACUGCCAGUGCCUACAUGGCCAUCGCCCUGAGCAUGGGCGAGCUCGCCAGUGUCUAUCCCACUGCGGGAGGCCAGUACCACUUCGUCUCGAUCCUGGCGCCGAAACGGUUCAAUCGCGGUCUCUCGUACACCUGUGGGAUUCUCGCGAACCUUUCAUGGAUAGCCAUCGGCGCUGCGAUCAUCGUUAUCCCGAGCCAGCAGAUCCCGGCUAUAGUAACAUAUUACCACCCGGAGUUUGUGCUGCAGAAAUGGCAUGCCUUCUUGAUCUAUGAAUCAUUUGGUUUCAUAGUCGUGCUUUACAACGUGCUGGCGCUGAAGAAGCUGCCGAGAACCCAUGACAUUGGAUUUGCAACGACCAUCAUCAUGUUCAUUAUCUCGACUCUGGGGUUAUUCAUUCGCUCGUCGCCGAAAGCCUCACAUACAUUUGUAUGGACGACCUUCUCGAACAGUACUGGUUGGCCUGAUGGUGUAUGCUUCCUCACUGCACUCCUAACGACAUCCUUUAUUUUCGCUGGGCUGGAUGCUGCACUACAUAUGGCUGAGGAGGCUCCCAACCCCCGGACUUCUGUUCCCUUAGCAGGCGUCAGCGCCAUUGGUAUCGGCUUCAUCACCGCUUUCACCUUUGGCAUCGCGAUACUGUAUAGUAUAUCUGAUUUUGACGAGGUUCUUGCCAUUGAAGGUUACCUGCCCUUCGAGAUCAACCGCGUUGGACUGCGCUCAGACGCCGGAGCUGUUGGCCUGCUGAUUGCCGGUGUCAUCAUGACCUUUUUCGUUCUAAAUGCAGUGAUUCAAACUGCAUCGAGAAUCACUUGGGCGUUGGCGCGGGACAAUGCACUCGUCUUUUCGGGACUGUUUCGUCAGAUCCAUCCUACCCUCGAGGUCCCGGUAUCGUCCAUCCUCGUCGUUUGGGGGGUUCUUGCUGCCUGUGGGCUGCUCAUUCUCGCAUCGGACACUGCUUUCAAUGCUCUUGUGUCUUCAUGCGUGACACUCCAGUUGCUAUCCUUCAUCAUGCCAACGGCAUUGGUUCUGUAUCAGAGAAGAUCCACGACGUACCUGCCGAGGAACCGAGCAUUCGGCUUGCCGAACUGGGCUGGAUGGAUAAUCAACGUCUGGGCUGUUUGCAUGCCUUCGAUAUUGUGCAUAUUUUUCCUGUUUCCGGCGUUUGUACCGGUCACCGCAGAAUCCAUGAAUUACAACGUUGUCAUCUUAGGGAUUGCAGCGUUUUUUGGAACGGUGAAUUGGUUCUGUUAUGCCCGGAAGCACUAUCAGGGUCCAAGAAUCGUCUUCCAUGAUUGA